AGCCGAGUGGAACGGCUAUGCUCGGAAUGCUCUCUGCUGGAAACAGCGUAUCGGCCUCAGGCCGAGGAUCGUCGACUCCGUUUCUGAAUGAAGAUGCAAGCUACAAAGUUGUCCUCCCGCGUCUACCAACCGGUAACGAUGUGCUGAAUUCCAUUUUUCUUCAUGCGGACUUGAGUGGCAGACCAUACCGUGCUCCUGACUUCCGAGACGCUCUGCUUGAAGUAGUGGAUACUGCAGAUAUUAUAGGUGUAGGACAGUAUCAGAUGAGCCAUGUAUGGAUGGUUACCUGCGCUAGUAGUGCGGCGAAACAUAAACUCGUCGCUUGUGGUGAGCUCCGUGUCAAAGGACUGAAGUGCAUGGUGAUAGAUCCGGAGACUAAAAAUAUCAAGCUCAAAUUACUCUGGCUUCCGCCUCACCUUGAAGCUCGACGGGUUGAAGAGGCGUUCCAGGCGUACGGUCAGGUGAAGUCUGUCGAGAGAGAGGUGUGGAGAUGCACUGGUAUGGAACAGUGGGUGACUACAAACCGGGAGGUUUCCUUGGUGCUCAAGGAUACUGUCACCGUAAGCUCAAUACCACGCAUUAUGUCCAUUUAUGGACACCAGUGCCUGGUACUUAUCCCCGGCAGGCCUCCGCUGUGCCUCCGUUGCAAGCGUGUGGGACAUGUCCGUCGACAAUGCAGAACGCCGAGGUGCUUGCAGUGCCUCCGAUUUGGUCACUCGGUGGACGCCUGUGUAUCGACCUGUGCCAAUAAGCUUCGUUCUGGGCAACACAGCGCAGAAGAGCCACAACUGGACCAUCUCAUGGAUGCUACAGAGAUAGUCGAUGCUACCGGAGAAGCCACAGGCGGCAUCAGGGACGAAGAACAGGAGUCUCCAGAGCCAAUGCCGAGCAGCCACAGCAUCUCAAGCGAAGCUACUGGCAAUAACUCGGUUUGCACACAUGACCUAGAAAACCUUAAAGAAAAGCCCCCCGAUGGCGACAAGGAAGAAGAGGCGAUGGACAGCAGUCAAGCGAGGAAGCGUCCGGCACCGUGCAACGAUGAAACAACGGGGAGUGCAGUACAGGCACCCGAGAGUGUGCCUUCUAGUGCUCAACGAGUUCCCUCCCCUGGUGAUGGUGUGCCGCGGCGGUUUUGUCAGCGAAGUAAGGAGAGUGCUAUAAAGAAGUGCAAAGGGAGCAAGACCACAGAUUUACCUGUGGCCAAGGGUGAUGAAGAACAAAAGCUUUAG